UGCAAUUAUCCCCUACCGUGCUGUACCACUUCCAUUGAUAGGGGAAGUCGCUUGCUGAGUAGAAGCUUCUGCACCCCAUCAAACAUCGAUAUCAGUACCAACGAUCUCAUCACACAUUUCGAUAUCAGCAACGAGCAACGAGCAGGAGCAUCCAAGCCAAGCCAACAUACUAAUGGAUAGUUCUUCAGCGUCGUCAUCGACUUCAAAGAGAAGUCGAACAUCGGGGAAGCACUCCAGAAAUGGUUGCGGGACCUGCAAAAUUCGUCGUGUAAAGUGUGACGAGACGAGACCUAUCUGCCGUCGAUGCCAAAACUUCAAAAUUCCGUGCGAUGGAUACAGUCGACUUCCAAAGACUAGCACCCCGGGGAGUACUGUAUCGGGUGGCUUGUUGAUAGCCCCAAAGCCAGUAACUCCAGCAAUAGUUCCAUCAUCGAUACCGCCCAGUCCAUCAACUCUAGUCGUUGACAAUGCAGAGGACUAUCGUUACUUCACGUUCUUUCGAGACCAGCUCUUGUUUGAAAUUACCCAGUUCGCACAAGGCGAUGACUUCCGGAGACUCAUCUUACAAGCUUCCAACAUCCCUUCGAUUCGCCACACGAUGGUUGCGCUGGCAGCACUUGGUAAAAUCCAUUCAGUAAUACAAGACACGCCGUCGAGCUCGCUGCCACUUUCGGAACCAACAGAACUGAUAUCCCAUCGCGAGUAUUCCCUUCGCCAAUACUCAAAAGGGCUUGCGUUGAUGAAGAAAGACGUCGCUACAGGGCAUCAAGGCAUCAGAACCACUCUACUCACCUCUCUCCUCAUCAUCUGUAUCGAAUGUCUUCACGGCAACUUCACGAUGGCCGGCGUCCAGGUCGCAAAUGGGAUGGCUCUAUUGAGGGAUUGGCGAAGGAACUAUCCAGACGCAGACUUGCACCCGAUCGGUUUCUCUUCACCUGCCCCCAACGUAGUUGAAGACUCGCUGGUCCAGAUGCUCGGAGGGUUGGAGAUCCAAUCGUACUAUUUCAACAGCAAUGCAACUCAAGCAGAACAUGAGGCUGGCAAGGAAGAUGGCUUCAACGUCAUCCAAAAUAUGCCGGCACGAUUCGAGUCCGUCGAUGAAGCUCGACUCUACCUCGAGCUUCUAACUAGAAGGUCGAAACACUGGCUAUUCUCUUUGGGCUGGUUCUUCCGGCCUCUGAUACCCGUCGAAGGUGUUGCGCCCGUCGACACAACGCUACCCCCAUCUGCUCGUCAACCCAGGCAAUUUCUGAACUUAACGCCAUCUAUGAUGCAUCCCGCGAGUGUCCAUCGCAGGGAAACCAUCCCCGAUAGCUCGAAAGAUCUAGUCAAGAAGCACCAUGACCAGUACCUCCGCGACUUCUUCCGAUGGAAAGCAUCCUUCGACGCCCUUCUCCAAACGCCUUCAUCGAAAAGCAUCUCUCCUCGUUGGAAAGAGAAUCUCCUUAUAUACAAAGGCUGCGUCUUGAUCCUGAAGACUGUCAUCACGGGCGACGAGAUGGUGUUCGACGACUACACGGAAGAGAUGGUUGAAAUCCUCGAUCUGGCCGAAGACGUCUAUGAGAGCGACAAAGAUCAUCGAAACGACACGACAUUCACGAUCUUCCAACGCUGUACGGGCCCUCCACACUUCGUCGGUCUUCACUGCAGAGUUGGAGCCGUUCGUCGCCGUGCUAUACAAUUACUAGAGUCUUUGCCCAAGACGCCGGAUUUGUCGGAUACCAUGCUGAGGAGCGCGAUUGUGAAGUGGGUUAUGGGGUUGGAAGAGGCGGAGAUGGUUGAUGGGAAAAUUCCCGGGUACGCGAGGAUUCGGAAUGUUGGUAUUUCGGUCGAUGUGGACAAUAGGCAAUCUACGCUUGUUUGCAAGCAUCAGGUCAUGAGGGAGGAAGGACUUGUGGAGACUGAGAGGAAGAAGACGAUCAACUGUUGAAUGUGGAGGAAAGUUCCACGUCUCAUGAAAGUCAGUCCUGAAGCCAGUCAAGUUAGUUGAUUAAAGAGUUUGUUUCUCGUACGUACUUUGAAACUCUC